AUGAUGGUUGGCUUUCGAGGAAAAUGUCCUUUCCAACAGUACAUGAAAUCAAAGCCCGACAAAUACGGAAUCAAACUUUAUCUACUAAUAGAUGCUGCUACGUUUUACGUCCUAAAUAUUGAACUUUAUGCUGGCAAGCAGCCUGAAGGCCCAUAUCAGCUAAGUAAUGCUGCGGCAGACGUCGUGAAGAGGCUAAUUACACCAAUUUCUGUAACUGGAAGAAACCUUACCAUCGACAAUUGGUAUACCAGUGUGCCGCUGAUAAACGAUUUUGCCAAGGAUUAUAAGAUUUCUGUUGUGGGUACCAUGCGUAAAAACAAGAAAGAAAUACCUACUUGCUUUAUAGAUAAAAACCGACCUUAA